AUGGCCGAAUCCGAGAUUGAAUUACUUAUUAGAAGAGAAAUCGAAGGUGUAGGAAGACUUGCAGGUUACAGAAAUAUCUGGCAUGCCUUGCGUUUAAGACACCAUGUGCAUGUCCCUUGUUCGUUGGUUGCCCGUUUGAUGAAAAAAAUCGAUCCAGAUGGCGUGCAAGACAGAAGAGCCAGACAUUUGACGAGACGAAACUAUCUAUCUCAGGACCAAAUUUUUGCUGGCAUGUAGACGGUAAGCAGUCUACCAGCAAGUGAUGAAUUUUAUAUCAGGAAUAAUAGGAAGAACUACGUAUUAUAGCUAAUGAGUUUUCUAGUUAUUUCAUUUUAUUAAGGUUAUUGGUAGAAUAGAAAGCUUUCGAUUCCUUAAAAACGUAGUAAUAUAAAUUUAAUAGAUUUUGUAUUGCAGCUUAAAAAAAAAUCAAUGUGAUUUGCUUUGUCCUAUAUGUUAAAAAAAGUAUUUUACUCUUACCCUAAGCCACCCUGGUUUUUUCAAAAAAAACCAUUGAUUCAUUCUACCCAUUCAUAUUUAGGAUAUGACAAGCUCAAGCCGUAUGGAUUUCCCAUUCAUGGUUGUAUUUGUGGGUAUAGCUGGAGAAUUCUUUGGCUUGAAGUGGUGAAAUCUAAUAAUGAUCUAAGGGUUCCCGCAAAGCUUUAUUUAGACACAGUUCAAAGUUUGAAAGGUUGUCCAAGGAUUGUAAGAUCAGAUUGUGGAACAGAAAAUGUGACCUUGGCAGCCAUACAGUGUAGUCUUAGAGCAACACAUCAAGAUGAAUAUGCUGCAGAAAAGGCCCACAGGUAUGGCUCGUCUCCAGCAAACCAACGGAUUGAAGGUUGGUGGUCUUUCCUGAAACGCAGCAACUCUAGCAAGUCAUUCUUUUCACCAACAUAA